CGGCGGAGGCGCGGGCAGCGCGGCCGGGACUUUGGCUUUGACACGGACGGCGAGCGGGAACCGUGGCGCUGGUGCUGGGCAGUGGACGUGGUUCUGGCGGAUCCCGCGUCCGAGUCGGGCGUAGGACUUUUGCCUGGAGCAACGCAAGUGGGGAGACGCGGCUAGUCCUGGUGCAGCCGCAAGACUUGGUGCAGCCGCGGCGGCCGGAUCUCGCCGCCGGUGCCGCCUCCGCGCAGCCCUGCAGCUCCUGCGGGCUGUGGGAGAGAGACUGGGAGAGUUUCUCCCGCAGGAAGAGCCGGGACGCGCGGCCCGAGGCGGCGUGGGCGGGAUCCCGCGGCCUGGCCCCAGACCCGCAGUCGCGCGGGCACCAACUGGAGGCAGGGCGCCCGCGCUGUCCCGGGCCGGGCUCAGGCUUCGGGGCUGCAGGUGGAAGAAGGACGCCCCGGGGGAGCCGCCGAGAGGUGACGGAGUGAAAGGUACUUUUGGACGCUCUGGGCAUGGAGACUUAGUGUUUGUCUGUGGUAACCGUUUCGUCCCCUGAGUCCUGCACCUUUCUCUCUUCUGUGCCUGUAAGGUCUACUGGGCUUCCUUUCUAACAGAGAGUUAUUCUGCGGUGGUGAGGCCUUCCUGGGCCCCUGAUCCUGUCUGGCCAUGGGGAGCACCCUGGGUUGCCACCGCUCCAUCCCCCGGGACCCCUCGGACCUGUCCCAUAGCCGCAAGUUCAGCGCGGCCUGCAACUUCAGCAACAUUCUGGUGAAUCAGGAGCGGCUCAACAUCAACAUGGCCACGGAGGAGGAGCUGAUGACCCUGCCUGGGGUGACGCGUGCGGUGGCACGCAGCAUCGUGGAGUACCGCGAGUACAUCGGUGGCUUCAAGAAGGUGGAGGACCUGGCACUGGUCAGCGGCGUGGGCGCCACCAAGCUGGAGCAGGUCAAGUUCGAGAUCUGCGUAAGCAGCAAGGGCAGCUCCGCGCAGCACUCUCCCAGCUCCUUGCGGCGGGACCUGCUGGCCGAGCAGCAGCCUCACCACCUGGCCACUUCCGUGCCCCUCACCCCGCGUGUCAACAUCAACACAGCCACCCCGGCUCAGCUCAUGAGUGUGCGAGGCCUCACGGAGAAGAUGGCCGUCAGCAUCGUGGACUACCGCCGCGAGCACGGACCCUUCCGCAGCGUUGAGGACCUGGUGAGGAUGGGUGGUAUCAAUGCCGCCUUCCUGGACAGGAUACGGCACCAGGUGUUUGCCGAGAGGUCCAGGCCCCCGUCCACCCACACCAACGGGGGCCUGACCUUCACCGCCAAGCCUCACCCCAGCCCCACCUCCCUGAGCCUGCAGAGUGAGGACCUGGACCUGCCGCCAGGGGGGCCCACGCAGAUUAUCUCCACUCGGCCUUCGGUGGAGGCCUUUGGAGGCACAAGGGAUGGGCGGCCUGUGCUGAGGCUGGCCACCUGGAACUUGCAGGGCUGUUCGCUGGAGAAGGCCAACAACCCAGGGGUGCGAGAGGUGGUGUGCAUGACGCUCCUGGAAAACAGCAUCAAGCUUCUAGCUGUGCAAGAACUACUUGACAGAGAGGCCCUGGAAAAGUUCUGCACGGAGCUGAACCAGCCCAUCCUGCCCAACAUCCGCAAGUGGAGGGGGCCCCAGGGAUGCUGGAAGGCCGUUGUUGCCGAGACGCCCUCGACCCAGCUCCAGAAGGGGGCUGGGUUCUCGGGAUUCCUGUGGGACGCAGCGGCCGGAGUGGAGCUGAGAGACGCCGCCUCGCAGGAGAGCUCGCCGGGCAACGGGCACAGGAGGCCCCCGGGUCCCAGUCCAUACCUCGCCAAGUUCAAGGUGGGAAGUAAUGACUUGACCCUGGUGAACCUUCACCUGGCAACCCUGACCCUCCCAGGGGGCGAGAAUCCAAGCAAGAAUCACAGUGACAGCCACCGCUUGGCUAGCUUCGCACAGACCUUGCAGGAAACCCUGAAAGGAGAAAAAGACGUGAUUGUUUUAGGGGAUUUCGGCCAGGGGCCAGAUAGCAGUGACUAUGAUAUCUUGAGGAAAGAAAAAUUCCACCACCUGAUCCCAGCGCACACCUUCACCAACAUCAGCACCAAGAACCCUCAAGGUUCAAAGUCUCUGGACAACAUUUGGAUCAGUAAGAGCUUAAAGAAGGUUUUCACAGGUCACUGGGCUGUUGUGAGAGAAGGCCUCACGAACCCUUGGAUUCCAGAUAACUGGUCCUGGGGCGGAGUGGCUUCUGAGCACUGCCCCGUGCUCGCUGAGUUUUACACUGAAAAGGACUGGAACAAGAAGGAAGGCCCUCGGAACGGUGACGGGGUCACCUUGGAGCGAACUGAAGCCAACAUUAAGCAUGAGCGAUGAUGACACCAAAUCGGUUUUUCCAGCCUCUGACCCCGGAGGGCAGGGAGCUAGCCCUUCCAGGUGAGGAUGCAGAGCCAGACCUGCCUUGCAGUCUUCGUCCUGACAACAUCAGUGCCGGGCCUUGACCUGCCUGCCUUCUUUGUGAACAGUUUUGAACCUCUGUUGGGGGAGGGAGGUGCCAGAUGAUCAGAUGGGAAGCCCAGUGGAGAACUGAAUCGUCUCGUCUGUGGAUGCCGCCCCUCAGCAGACGAGGGCCGG